AAAACGUAAACAGUUGUGUACCAGUUUUAGCUUGUUUUAAUAGUUUUUUGAGAUUGUUUAGCAAAUUACUACAUAUUUAGUGAAAGGAAAUCAAGAUUAGUGUUUGAAAGUUCAGGUGAAACAAAUAAUAUUUCAAAAUGGCGGAUUAUUGGAAAUCCAACGACCGGAAGUACUGCGACUUUUGCCAGUGUUGGAUUGCGGACAACAAGCCGAGCAUCCAAUUCCAUGAGAGCGGCAAACGGCACAAGGCAAAUGUCCAGAAGCGCCUCACGGACAUUGGCCGCAACAGUUACAAGGCGCAGAAGGAGCAGAGCAAGGUGGACGCCGAUAUGCGAAAGAUGAACGACGCCGCGAUGAAGGCUUACAUGCAGGACAUUACGUCUGGGGCCGACAUCAGUUCGCGCGCCGCGCUAGAGGAGCAACAACGGGCCGAGGCAGCUGCAGCGGCGGCCGCCGUCCAGGACGCGCAAGAAGCGCCCGGUCCAAGCGUUGGGCCGAGGGUCCCGAAGAAAAAGAUUGGCCGCGAGGCGGAUCCGUUCUACAUCCCUGGGGAUUUCAGCGAUGAAGAGGGAGGACCGAGCAAGGCCACGGCUGCGGCCAUCGCCGAAGCUGCCAAACAGAAACGCAUCGAGGAAAUCUCCCAAAUGGGACACGGAUCGAUGUGGGUUGAAGCGGAAUCGGACGAAGGUUACACGUACUACUGGAACGUAAAGACAAACGAGUCCAUUUGGGAACCUCCGAAGGAGGGCUUCAUGAAGAAGGCCGAGUACGAGCAAAUCACCCAACUGGCACUGCAAAAACAGGAGGAAAAGCUCAAGCAAGAAGUCAAGUACGAGGUGGAAAACGCUCCGGAGAUCGCCGCCCGACUCAAACGCGAACAGAUGAGCAAAAUGUUCGAGCACAAUCGGAAAAUUAAGGAGGAAAUUGAGUGCGCAACGGAUGCGAAGCGACAGCGCAAGGAAGAGGAGGCCAUUCUGGAUGCGGCCGCUGGGCCGUACGGCCGGUGGCAAACCGUUGAGCAUCGGGAGGAAAAGCCGGUGGAUUUAGAGCUGCCGGCGGUUCCGGCACCGCUGUAUGUGCCCAGCGCACAGCCGGAGGUGCCCGAGAGGCGGUUCAAGGAAAAGGUCAUCACGCACAUUCCGGGCGACGAGAAAAGUGCGCUCAACGAUGGGUUCUUCAAGAAGCGGAAAGUGGUGCGAAAUGCGCGCCAGCGGUUGGAUGUCGAUUGAGGCGUUUUAUGUAUUAUCAUUUGAAAACGAUAGAAUAAAAAGAUUCUUU